AGGGGGCGUGGCCUCGCGCAGGGGGAGGGGAGGCGGGCAAGAUGGCGCCUGGCGAGUGAUUCUUCCCGGUUACCUGCAGCGGCCGCUGAGACACCGGGGCGGGGGGUUCUGUCCCCACCGCUGCCCUUCCUCCUCUCCCCCGCCCCCGGAGACUCCCUCCUUCCCUUCCUCCUUCUACCUCGGUGGGGGAGGGAGGGGAGGGGGGCCUGGUUCCUGGGACACCAUGUCGGACUCUGAGGAGGAGAGCCAGGACCGGCAACUGAAAAUCGUCGUGCUGGGGGACGGCACCUCCGGGAAGACCUCCUUAGCUACGUGUUUUGCUCAAGAAACUUUUGAGAAACAGUACAAACAAACUAUAGGACUGGAUUUCUUUUUGAGAAGGAUAACAUUGCCAGGAAGCUUGAAUGUUACCCUUCAAGUCUGGGACAUAGGAGGACAGACAAUAGGAGGAAAGAUGUUGGAUAAAUAUAUCUAUGGAGCACAGGGAAUCCUCUUGGUAUAUGAUAUUACAAAUUAUCAAAGCUUUGAGAAUUUAGAAGAUUGGUAUUCUGUCGUGAAGAAAGUGAGUGAGGAGUCAGAAACUCAGCCACUGGUUGCCUUGGUGGGCAAUAAAAUUGAUUUGGAGCACAUGCGAACAGUAAAACCCGAAAAACACUUAAGGUUUUGCCAGGAAAAUGGUUUUAGUAGCCACUUCGUCUCAGCAAAGACAGGAGACUCUGUCUUCCUGUGUUUUCAGAAAGUUGCUGCUGAAAUCCUUGGAAUCAAGUUAAACAAAGCAGAAAUAGAACAGUCACAGCGUAUUGUCAGGGCAGAAAUAGUGAAGUACCCGGAAGAAGAUAAUCAACUUACCAGCUCUGCUCAGAGUAGAAUCUGUUCAGUACAGUAGUGCAGAGGGUGGUGAAGGCAGAUAUUGUAAACUACAACCAGGAACCUAUGUCAAGAACUGUUAACCCUCCUAGAAGCGCUAUGUGUGCAGUUCAGUGAGCGCAUUUUUCUUUUGUAUUGAUAGUUCUGGCUGCCCUUCGCCUCUGUGUGGGCCUGAGGACCUCUAGGAACUUGCUUUAUCAGUGACCAUCUCUGUAGUUCAGUUAACACUUUCCUCUUAACUCGCUUCAUCAUUACGAGCUGCCUCACAGCCGCAGGCAGCUCCUUGGACUGGAAAGAAUUCAGCUUCGGGACCACACACUUUGAAUGGAAAGCCCAUUCUCUGGAAGUAGACUGCUUCAUUGUAAAAGAAUAAUGUUGGUUCUCUUUAUGUCCUCACUUCUUUUUUCCCCGAUGUAAAUUUUUUUAAACAAAUAUGAAAACUCUCCAGGUCUUGACCAUCAGCCAGGAUUUUGCCAGAGCACAGUUUCAUUCUCUUAUCUGAACUGAUACCUGGCAAAGUAUGCUUCGGAGUGCAAACAUUUAAACAAGUAAUAUAUUUUAUCUACAGAUACUUAAGAAGGCAUUCUUUUGCUAUCUAUUGUAAGUAAAAAUAUGUAAAGCUGUAUCUAACUGAAAAUGCUUGAAAUAAAGCUAUAAUAGAAAUACUUUUUUUCAUUUUUUUAAGAAAGGGCCGAAAUUGUUUAUAUUGUAGCUGUAGCUCACGAAAUAGUGAGUAUUUGAUAUUGUAUUUUUGUUACUGUAUCAUGGUCAAUAUGUAUUGUGUGAUACUCAAGUUAGACGGCUUUGUGAAUUCUGAUAAACGUCCAGCUGCUGCUCCAGUGGACUUCCUCCUGCAGGCUGCGUAAGAGAACUCCCAGGAUGAGCUAUGACUAUUGUUGGAUCACUGUGGAUCAGACUGUACCUGAUGUUCAGAUGUUUUUCUCCUGCAAAUAAAUUUAUUUAAAUUACUUUUGGGGGGGAAUUUUCUUUCUGCCAUAUUCUUUAGGUAUAGAAAAACAAAGAUUCUUUGGAUUCAGACCAGUGAUUGUGUGAAGCUUAAUAAACAUGAGUAACUUAGAGUUGUUAGGUGAUUCUGUUAGACCAGUUAAAACCCGGACUCUGUAGCCCGGCAUUUCAGGGCUCCAUGUCAGUGGCAUUCUGCCCCGUACCUUUCCUCACGCUGCUUUUCCACCCGCCUCCUGUCUGUGCGCCAGCAGAGCCGUGGGCUCGCUCCUGUGUGCUUAUGAAGCUCUGCCGUCCUGUCUUUGCUGCACAGGCCCCUCUGCCUGGAAUUCCUCCCCCUUCUCCCAAUGUCUGCCUUCUGCCAGCCGGCGUCUAGGCACCACGAGGGCAGGGCUCUGUCCUGGUAGAGUUGUGUUGUGUUUUGUGUGGGCACCCGAGUACUGGGUGCCCCGUGUUUGCCAUGUGAAACAGGGUGAAUGCUGCCCCUCCAAAGCCAGUCCUCGUCUCCACAGCUGCAGGUUCCACGUGAGUACCUCUCAGGUGGCCAUUACCCCUUUCUGCCUUGGGUCCCACUUGUCCGUGUCCUUGUGUUUUACUGUUCAUAGACGAUGAGCCUGUUGAAGGGCAGACCCUGUCCUCUCCUGCGUCCCUUCAGGAGUGCCUGUCAGGGUGCCUUCCCUGGAGGAGACUUGCCGUAAGUGUGUGCAGGAAUUUUGGACAUCUAAUUUUACAGCUAUAAGGGAUUUUAGAAACCUUGUUGUUUCACAUCUUGCGUGGCAAGGGAAACUGAAGGUCGGAGAGGAAAGGAGCUUGCCAGAAGUGGGGACGACCCUGGCAGUUCUGAGGCCGGGUGAGCUGGACUGCUUCUGGCACUCCUUGCUGUCCAGGGUGGGCGCUGUUCAGGUAAGAUCGUAGUUUUUUAAUUAAAAAAGAAAAGGAACUUGAGGUCAUGAAAUAACAGUGAUAGACCCUAUAGGAGAUCUUCUGUCUCUUGGCCAGGGUUAACACUUUUUCAAGAGUGAUUUGAAAUCUAAGAAAUUUUGAAACUUGGGCCUGCGGCACUCAUUAGGCAGUGAGUCCAGCUUUCCCCACUUUGAUUUCUGUGCUUUUCACUUUCUAGCAACUGUGCAGCCUUUUUAAGCCUUUCAAGGUGGCAUGCCCUUCAGGAUAGUUCAGCUUAUCCUUCCUUUCAAGACCUUUCUGAUACAUGCUGGUCGGUUGGCUAGGGCCGUUUAGGAGAGUAUAAAGUUGAAUAAAAGAUUUCAACCCUCAAGGACCGUACAGUCUAAUAGGAGAGAUGUUUGUUGUUGCUGCUGCUACUUUAAAGCUGUGGUUGGUUGAGGUCUACUGUUAACUAAACUUGCCCUGCUUUACAUUCAGUAAGGGGUAAGACCAUGCCUUUUUGAUCAUUUCUUGUCAUUUAUACAUCUAUGUGAAAAUUUGAAGAUUUUUAAAAGUGUUUUUUUUUUCAGUCCCAAUUAUUGCAAUAUUAAAAGGUGUGACUUAACACGUACGUAUGAUUGUACAGGCAUCUGGAGGAGGCAGAGAGAAACUACAGAAGAUCUGCGAUCAGACCAGGGUACUUCAGUUGUGUGUUUAUAAAAGUCAGAGCACUAAAGGGCACUGAACAGAGGGCAGGUGAGGGAAUGGCUUUGUCGGUUUUCUCUCCCAGGACAUUUCCAGGCACUUGUCACAGGAGCUGUUUUAUUUCCACACCACACUAUGAGAAGGGUGUCAUUGUCCCUGUUAUGUACGAGGACAUUGCAGCGGGGAGUGAGUGAUGUACACUAAAUCCCUGCUUGAGGGUAGAGCCAGGAUCCACACAAACCAUUUCUGAGAGAGGGUGCACUCGGCCGAGUACUGAAUUAGGUUGCCUUCCCUUUGUAGAGCUCACACAGCUGACCUUCCUAGAUGUUGAUCAGGCCUAGGUGUUCUUCUGAGAAGUGGUGACGGCCAGUGCUGGUCCACCCACUUUCUCACGCCGACCAUCUAGACUGGCAAGCGGUAUGUGUCUAGAGAGGCUCAUGGUGGUAAGUUUGCCCUCUGAUCACAGAAGGGAGGACAGAAAAAUGCCUCCCCUGCUGUUGGUCUCAUUGGUUUCAUGUCUGUCCCGUCCUAAGCUUGAAGGGUCAUUGAGGGCCUUCUGGCUCGGGGAAGGCAGGCGCAGUGAACACGCAGUAAGCAUAUGGCCAAAGCAGAUUUCUGAAUUCCAUAUUACAAUUUUCCCCAUACCUCGGGUUUUAUUUUUGAAACAAAAAAUAGGAUUCAUGCUUUUUUUACUUUGACUGUUACCUCUCCUGUCUACAGUUUUUAAUUUAAAAAAUUAUAAGUCUUUCCAUCUAGUUUUAGGCACUUUGUCUCCUGAAGACUCAAGCUAUAAAGUUUCAAACACAUUGUGGUCACUUCUGCUGCUUAUUGAACUUUUGAAAACACAAAAGUUUUCAGCCAGAACUGGUCAUUGGAUGCUGCUUUUCAAGUGCACCCUCUAUUAUGUGUGGCAAACCACUCUGGAGUGGUUUUUGGAGUGGCCCAAAGAACUCCUGUGACUGCUUUAUUAUUCCAGGAGGAGGUAAGCCAGGACCCUUUAAAGUCGAUCACUGAAACAAUGUGAUGGGGCAUAAUAGUGUGUGUGUCAUUUAAAAAUAGAAAAGUUUUCUGGCCAUAACCCGUGCAGUGACUGCUGCAAUGUUGGACAUCCUGGAAAACAGUUGCAAGAUUCAAAGAAAAUGGAAAUGCAGACCUUCUGAGCGUUGUGAUGGACGUCUGCCAGCGGCCUCCCCAGCAUCAGGUCACCGCUUCUCCCAACAACAGUGUCCUGAUUUCCCGGUGGAUCCCACCUUCAUUUUCAACCACUCACAGCUCUAGGGAUGGAUUCUCACUGGCUUAAACCUAUUAGGAUAUUAAUUCCUCUUGGUCUCAGUGAUUGGCUCAGCUAACUCCAUCAGAGCUAAUGAAACUGGAAGGGACAUUUGCUGAGGUUUCUGAAAAACGAGAAAAAAGAAAAGAAAGCUUUCAUCCCCUGAAGUUCCCAAAUGACUCUUUGCCCACUGGACUUGAAUGAGACAGGCUGUAGCUGUGAGCAGCACUGGCAGCCGGUUUGAGGACACGAAGGGAGAACCUGCCCAAAUCCAGAGCUCAUGCCAAGGGAGCAGAGGUGAGACAUGGGGAGAAGCCCCGUCCCUGACACCGAGCCCCAGAUUAAGGCAGGCUUGAACUGUGUAACAGCAUGACUCGGUUUCCUCUGUCACUUUGGCUCGGGUUAGUUUAUUUCCUUGUUAGUUCUUACAUAAGCGGCUGUUAUGUACCAGGGGCUUUGCUUGGCACCAAAGGUCGAGAUGAACAUGUCUGCGUUUUGUCCUUAAGGUCUUAGUCUAGGUACACAUAUAACUCAUCGGAAUGGAAUCAGUUAAAUGCUUCAAUAAAACUGUAAUAUAGGAAGAUGUAGCUUAACAGUGAGUGAAGAAUCAGGGAUUUCAGAUAACAGGAAUCAGGGUCAACAGUAUAAGGUAAUUGCCUCUUAUAGGAUUACUUAAUACAAUCUUAGACUAUGUUAAUGCAAAAAGAGUCUCUGUUCUCUGGGUUAGUUUGUGCAUACGUAUCACCUGGAGAAUCUUGAUUUAGUAGGUCUAGGGUGGGGUUUGAGGCUCUGAAUUUAUAACAAGCUGCCAAGGAGUACUAAUGCUGCUGACUUUUGGAUUACACUUUGAAUUGCAAGGGAUUAGGCUAUGCUGACAUUAUUUUUCCUUCUAUGGGUGCCCCUCUUUAAGAGGGCACAUUCUGAUCAUGGUGAAAAGAUACAAUGUCAUAAGAAACUGUUGAAGGAAGACGGUAUGCUUAAUUUGGAAAAGGGAAAGCUUCCGAGAGAGACUGGUGGUAGUCUCCAGAGAGGUGAGACCAUGCUUCGGAAAAAGCUUAAACUUCCAGUAUGUAACCUACAGGACGCCAGAAGCAGGGUGGGUAGAUAGAAGCUAUCGAAAGAAAAUUCUGAUGCAGCCCAAGACAGAACCUUGCAAGCAUCUGCUCUAUGUUUUAUGAAGUGUCAGGUUGCAGGGUUGCAAACUCAUGGCGUUAGGGGCUAGGUAAGUAAAUAAAUGAACACAAAGCAGUUAAGCAUAUAAAACAAUAGGGAGAGCAUGUGCCCGGCUACAGCCAUUCUAACCCCAUUUUUAAAGUUACAUUGGCCAAAUAAAACCAGUGUAUGGACAGGGCCACUGCUAACCCAUACAGAAUCAUUAAGCCAGUUAAGAAAAAAUUUUCCUUUCUCAAAUCAUUUAUUUCUCUCUUCUAGAAAAUUGUCACACCAUUCCGUUAGAACUGAUCAUUUCACUAUCCUGUAAAAUGUGUGAUUAAAUCUACAAGACCUUUGAUGUGAAUGGCAGUCCUACUGAGGGGGUGAAUUCCACCCUUUGGCUACUAGAUCGCAGUUCUUGUGAAUGUAAACCUUAGUGUCUGGAUGCAAAGCUGAUGAUAUUAAGAGAGAAAAUUAUUUGUCAAACUUUUUUGGAGAGCUAAGUCAUAAUAUUCGGGCUGGGCCCCAGGGGCCUAAGAUGCCUAGGGACACAGCCUCUGUCCUGCAGUUCGUAGGGCAUCCUGGUGUCCUAGGAGAGCGUCCAUCCUGGUAAUGGCGUACAGGGUGCUGGGAGCAGCUCGGUUCCCCCCGGACAGGGGUGAGGGGCAGUCAGAACAGAUUUAACAGGGGAAGUGAAGCUUGGCCUGACAGCCUUGAGUGAGGCGACCCUCCCAGCACCUUCAUCCUUGGGAAGCAAGCCUUUCAGUGGAGCAGGGCCUUUGGGCUGAGCUCAGAACCAUGUACAUUCCAUUCUAUCUGGCCCUUCAUUUCAUCAGUUUUCCAUGCUGCAGAGCUGGAAACGAGGAAGGGCAGAUGACUUGUUUUAAAGUCCUUCUUCGAAGUCACACUGAGUACUCUUAGGCCUCAUGCGCUGUAGACUGAAGUAGACUCAGGGCUGGAGUUGGGGCUGAGGGAGGCACUGUGCAUGUACCAGCUCAGUCAGCCACUCUCCCCUAAGCCUGGUGACCUGGCCUCCUUAAUCCUUAAUUAACCUGAAUCCGCAGGUUGCACGUGGCUUGGACUCUGAGCCACUGUGUCUCUCAGGCCCCUUCCCCUCUUCCUUGGCUGCUGCCUGCAUUGCUCUAACAGCCCGCUUUCUUCAGAGACCUCCACAUCACCUUCAUGCUGCAGCUGUAGGGGGGGACUUGACCUACGGGUUUGAAUUAGGUCAGUCUCACUCCAAAUCCCUCAUGGCUCCUCAGGGCCUUUCCCAUCAGCCCGACAUUCUGAAUCCUCCAGCAGCUUCCCUAUCCUUCCUUCUGAGACAUCUGUUCAUCUUUAGCUCUUGUGACUACCUUGUGGUCCCUCACUUCCAUGUCUCCACUGAGAUUUCCUCUAGGGAAAGAGGGACGCUGAAGAGACGAGUUGGAAAACGUGUUUCUUCUCCCAGCUCAAAGAUCAGUUGACUGCAUAACUAGUCAAACCACUUAAUAUCUCUGAGCUCAGUUUCCGGGGCUCGCUUGCGCAGGACGGUUACAUGUGCUCUUUAUUGUUGCCGUGGUUUAUAAUGGAUGCAGUGCAGACAUCCUGAGUUCUGUAUAAACAUCUUCUCAUCCGAUGUAUGUUAGUUAGCCUUCCAGAUGGCCUACGACGAAGCUUGCCAUCAACUUGCCAGCCCUUUGAUGCAGCCAGCCUGGAAGUGAACCCCUGGCUUUUCAUGAGACUGCAGCUUCACCAGAGACCACCAGGUAGAAACACCCAGCCAGGGUGCCCCAAACUCCUGCUUCACAGAAACUGUGAGAGAGAACAAAUCAUUACUGUUGUUUUAAAAUCUCAGUGUAAUUUGCUUCAGAGUAAUAGGUGACUAAUACAGUGGGUACUUGUAUCAUCUCUGGCAGACGGGAAAGCUAUGGCUCAGGGCAGUUUAACAACCUGUCUGAGGUUGUACAGUUGUCCAAAGGCGGUGGAACCGGGAUCAGACCCAGGUCGGCCUGCUCAGAAGCCUGACACCCCAACUGCCGUGUUAUCCGCCCCCCUCAUUACCGUCCCUGUGCCUCAGGCGUGGUGGUGCUUACUAAACAGCUUCCAGUGACUGAGCAAACCGUUUUCAUGACUCAGUAUAUAAACAAAUUGCAUGAAUAUGUAUUUACAGGGAGUUAGCCUGUAAAAAUGAAGGAUGAACGAAUAUUUGCAGUCUCUGUUGUCAGGUUGAAAUUAGCCUAGUUUCUUUAAAACUUCUAAUCCCCAAACGAAGAUAACGCUACCAUUUGUUCUGACUGUAGAAAUGCUGUAAAAUACUUAAUACAGAGAAAAAUAAAGAAAUUAAGAUCGCCCCUUCCCUGUCAAUGUUGACAUUUUGGUGAAAACCCAUGUACCAGAUAUGGAUAAAUGCAGUUCCAGAAAUUAUAAUAAAUUGCAUUAUAUUAAAUAA